AUGAAUCAAUUAAUACUCAACGUAUUUGCUUUAUUAGUUUCUUUUGCAAUAAUAGGAAUUGCUCACGAACAUGAUGAUCAUCAUUCACAUGCUGCAUAUAAAUUUGAUUAUGGUGUAAAAGAUCCACAUACAGGAGAUAUGAAACAACAAUGGGAGACUCGUGAUGGUCAUAAUGUGAAAGGAGCAUAUGAGCUAAAAGAAGCUGAUGGUACAAAACGAGUUGUUGAGUAUCAUGCUGAUAAACAUGGUGGUUUUCAUGCACAUGUUAAGAGAAUUGGUCAUGCUGAUCAUCCAGCUCCAAAACAUCAUGGUCACGGAGGACAUGGACAUGGUCAUGCAAGCAGUUAUGCUAAUGUUCAUCUACAUCAUUAA